CCCAGAUUCAUUUUCUCCAGACAUCAAAGCAGAGAGGACAGCCUUGUUCAGUGUUGUUGAUGUACCACUGACAUGGACCAAAAGGAUAAAGUUCUGAUCUGGAUUUGGCUGGGUAUCGGAGUCCUUAUCCAGCCUGUGUUCUCAGAGGAAUGGACAGCGACUGUUGUCAAAGACAUGACUGCCCUGGUCUCAUCCUGUGUGGUGGUGCCAUGCUCUUUCAAAUACCCCGGCGGCAGUCGGCCUAGCUCCAAAUUAAGGGCCAUCUGGCUCAUCAAAGAAAAGACGACGGGCAUCAUCUACCAUGAGGAUAGUGUGAAGGUUUUAGACAACUUCAAAGAUCGCACAAAGCUACUGGGAAGUUUGGGAGAUGGCAACUGCACCCUGAUGAUGGGUCAAGUGAAGGACCGUGACAACGGACCUUUCUGUUUCAGAAUCGAGAUUCCUACGCUUGAUCAAUUUUCCUAUGUCGACCAAUGUGUCCGGAUAGAAAUGCUCUCAGAGCCUUUGAAACCGACCUUGCUUGCUCCUAAGACAGCCACGGAGGGUGAGCCUUUCACCAUCACCUGUUCUGUCAUGCACACCUGUCCCUCAGAGUGGCCUUCUCUCACCUGGAGCUCCAGAGGGAGCACCAUCACCCACCACAGGAACCAUGGCUUAGGCAAAUGGGAAACCCUUUCUACACUGACCCUUCUUCCCCAGGAGAAGGACGACCACUCGGAGGUCAGCUGCACAGUGAAGUUCCACGGAGGGAAAACCUCUUCUAAGGGAUUCCAGAUCUUCGUGAAACGUAAGGAGAACAUCUGGUACAUCAUUGUUCCUGUCACUGUUGGCCUUGGCACUGCUGUGAUGUUUGGAGCACUUUGUGUUUUGAUGAGGAAGAAAUACAAGAGACAGAUUGAGGAGCUUCAAACCAGAAGUGGUAACAGCAUGUGGAACCGUCUCUCCAGAAUGUCCCGCAGGUUUCACUCUGGUGGCUCCGAACCAGGAUCGGCCUCCACUGAGCAAAGUAGGACUAUGUGGAGUCGGUUUUCGAGAAGGCAACAAGGAAAUGUGGACCGGAGAAAUCAGACCAAUAACACCCAGGCAAUCUCGAAACCCCGCUUCCCAUCUCCAAAGAGUGAUCCAAAGUCUUCCUGCGCCAAAUACAAUGAUUAUAGCAGUGGGGGUUAUGAUGAGGAUGCAAAUCUUCAAAACAUCUAUGGGAACGUCUGACCAAACAUGACAUUUGAUGAAAAAGUUUGAUCCUGAAAACAGCUUUUGAAUAUCCAGCGAUCCCCGCUGUCCAACCAGCUUCCUAAUGCUUGUCUCAAUAUUCUUCAAUCACCUGUGUAUUUAAGUGCUUCGUUAAAAUCAAAAUUUUGUAUCUGAUUAUUCAAUUAUGUUUUUAUUAGAUUGCAUUCCCAUAGUGCCACCGGGAUAGUAGUGUGGGUAGGAGAAGAAAUAUUCAAAACUGCGAUAAUAUAAAUAUAUUUUGUCUACUAAUACUUUUUUUGUCUUUGAAAUAUAAUGCAUUGCUUUGCUUUAAUAACCGAACAUAGUUAAUAAAAAACAUUUAUCUUUAAGCUCAAAAGAUGUUCAAGCUUGAAAAGAAACAUUCAAACACAGUAUGUAAGGGUUCAUAUGUAACAAAUAUGUCAAUAAAACAUGAUUC